AUGUGGGUUCUGUUUAUAACUGUACCAGAUCGUUUGCUGUCGCCGACGGCAGUGCUGUUUCGCCAGGCAGGCCACUGCUUUGAGUACAGCACACUGCUGUGUUCGCUGCUCAUUGGAACUGGUUAUGCUGCCUAUGUUGUGUCUGGCUAUGCUGCUCGUGAGUUUUGCAAUAAUGACCAGACGAUGGUCACCUGUCCUCGGCUCAUUCAGCCACCACCGCCAGAACCAGAGAAACAGGAAACUGUAGUUUCCAAAUAUCAGGUAGAGCCUCCUCCUGAUCUUCGCAGCCAGUUUCUGAUAGAAAUGGACAGAAGGGAAAAACAACGAGCAGCAGAUGAUGAGCGAAAGAGACUGGAAGAGAAGCGACGUGCUAUUGAGGAAUUUGAGCGUCCACCACCAGAUGAGUUACAUGGAUUACGUCUGCAUAGCUGGAUUCUUGUGCUGCCACCAAAUAAAGAAGUAACAGAACCAUUUUUUAUAGAACCACCUACUGGUAAUAGGUAUCAAGUUGACGACCCACAUUACUUGGGAAUUGAAAGUAUUUGGAAUGAUACAAAUUACUGGGUCAAUUUGCAGGACUGUUCAGAAGGUUGCAAGAAUUUGCAGUUUGAACUGAAUGACAAUGAAUGCUGGGCACAUAUUUUUGUUGGCGAGCCUUGGUUCACACGGAAAGAAACUGGUGAAACGGAGGGUGAUCCUCAACAUAUCAUGCAGGAAAAACAUCUAGAUAUUGCUCCAUCUUGGGUACAGAGGAUUGAGAUACCUCGUCCAGUUUUCCUGAACCGAUAUCCAAAGGGGCAAAAGUGCACGUUUUAUAAGAAGGCAAGAGAAGAACAUUUUGCACCAUAUGUGCAGGCUGAUGGUUUGGUUACCAGAAUCACCACAUAUAGUGACUAUGAAUGGGAAGAUGCUGAAGUAGUGUAUGAGUAUUACAAAAACCGCAAAGAUCUGCUCUGUGAAAGGAAGCAUAACUUGAAAACGGAAUCUGCAGUGGAACAAUUCAGCAGAGGGCGAAAGGAUUCAUUGAAAGAACACUUCUAUUAUACAAUGCACAUGACAGUUGAAGACAUACACGUCAUAAAAUUUUAUAAUGAAGCACGUUUUGAUGACCUAGAGAAGUUAGAAAUGCAUCCAGAAUAUUUAAAAGAGCACUUCAAGAACCGCAGUGACUUACUUUAUUUUCGGAGCACAAUUUUUGAACCUAAACUCUCAUAUUCUGAUGAAGCAGGAGAUGGAAGAAGAGUUGUUAAGAAAAUAACAGAAAGAUUCCUUCGGAAUCCAGACAAAGCACCAAAUGAAGAUGUUGCUGAAAGGGUGUUUGCAUUAGCAGAAAAUGAGAUCAGGUUACGAUACUACCAUGGACCUCACCAAAUAACUGGGGCUGUCCGAGAAUUCAUAAAGCCACCUCUGUCUGAAAGAGGUGAAAAUCUGACAUUUGAUCCUGAUCUCACCAGAGGCCACCAAUAUGACCCCAGUGCACCAGAGCCAAAAAACCUUACAUUGUACUAUCUAUUAGAUGAGAUGCUCAAAACAGAAGAGAAAUCAUUAAUUCAUGUCCGAGACAUAGAAAAUGAGGUUGAUGAUAUUCUCAGGACGAGAGAUCUCGAAACACGGACACCAAAGCUACUUACAUCUAUAUUUGACAGAGAAAGAAAUGUGGAAGCAAAGCUGGCCAUGAAAGAGAAGGAACAACAAAAAAUUGAAAAACAAAUAAGGGAAGUUGAGGCUGAAACUGACUAUUUAGCUCCAUACUUGGCUCGUAUUGGGAAUCCGCCAACUUUGACACGUCAGCAAGCGCUGAAGAUAAGAGAAGAAUGCCUAAGUGAUUACAAGCAAUUUCUGGUGGACAGAGCUACAAACAUACAGAACCUGUUCAUUAAAGGAUCUCAGGCAUUACAGGCAAAAUCGGUAUGGAUGGAAGAAGAAAGGGACAGUGUGACUGCAGGAGAGGAAGAAGAAUAUUUAGGAUCUGUAAAUGAAACAAAGUUUCACUUACACACAUUGGAAAUUCGUCUUAAUCGUCACCGUGAAAAUGCUCCUCUCAGAUAUCUCCAAAUGGAAAGUUACCUCCGUGGAGAUAAACGUUUAGCAGUGCUUCACUCUUAACUGUAAAAGAACAAUUUUAGUACUUCACUCUUAAUUAAAUUUCUGUAAAAUAGCAAUCUUAGACACAAUAA